CUCAAAAGUAAUCCAGCAUGUCCUCCGGCGGUCUGUCACUUUCCGCAGGAUCCGUUAUUUUACUUCAUUUGUCUGGAAACGAGCUACACAAAAAUACUGAAGAGUAUCUUGUUGUAACUUGUUUACGUAUGGCUGCGUGAGAAACGUUGCACUUUCAGAGUUUUAUACUGUCUUCAAAAGACACAGAGAAGAUCUUUUUUCCAAUUUUGGAAAGAUGUCAGUGAAAUUAUGAAGUAUGAGUGUAGAAGAAUGUCCAUAUUGUGGAAAGCCCUAUAAGCGGCUGAAAACCCACCUCCCUCACUGUAAAAGGGCACCAGUUCCACAGCCCGAUAAAAGCUUUCAGGCACCCAAAGAACCGAGUUCAACCACUUUCAGUCAGAAGAUCCAUAAAAAAACAGCAGCAACAAAAAUAAAUAACGCCAUAUCUGAUGAAACACUAACCUCCAAAAGAAGAAGGAAAGUAGAUAAUCGCAAUGCAGACCUUCUUCUCACAGCUACUGAGGUCAAAGUCCCAUCAGCUGAAACUCUGAACAUGGAGAGAACUAAAGGCAAAUGGCUGGCUAAAAGACAGAAGGAACUUGAGAGAUUACAGCUGUUAGUGCCAGUCUCAAAGAAGCCAAGCAACCCUACCUCAUUAUCCGACAAUGAAAGAGAUAAAAGCUUUUGCGAGAUCUCCAAAGGACCAAAUCAGGGAACAUCUCAAAGUAAUGGAAAAAGUACUAAAGGCAAAAAGAAACCAAAGAUGGUGCCAUUAUCAGAGCAGCUGUCCAUCACCAAGAGUAAAAUCAAUACCCCUGGAUUUGUUCCAGCCAUUCUGAAAAACUCUAACCUCCCAUCUGAGUGCGCUGUGCAACACGAAAAUCCAAAACUCAAAAUAAAAGUUAACUUCUUGGAGGAGCUUGAAAGACUUAAGAGUCAGAACAAGGAUUUUGAAGCUCAUACUUUCUUUUCAACCAAGACUUCAGUAUGGGACCACAUCGGUGACAGUUUGUAUCGCAAGAGGUCUUAUAAUCUGUCUGUGCCUUAUCCUAUUCUGAAAACAUCUAAAGAUACUUCAACAGAGACCAAGAAGGUUUCUGAUGUGCAUCAAUCAAACAAACCUGAAACAGCAGUUACCAAGUUUGUCAUUCCAGCCUCAUCCACUUCAUCUGGAAAGGUCGUUUAUCAACCUGCAGAAGACAUCCUAAAUUCAAGAAUUCAAGAUGUCAGAAGUCUGCCAUGGAGUCCAAAGAUAGCGACUGCUUACAAUAGAAUACAGUUCUCCACAGAACCCUUAGGCAGCUAUACUAAUGAAAGCAUUUUGAUAAAAGAUCAGUCUGCUGGACCAGCGAAUCAAAUUGAAGUGCCUGUAGUGCAGCGGAAACUUGGAGAUGUCAGACUUAACGAAUUCGGCGUCUGGCUCGGUGUUCGAACUCCUGCGUCACCCAGAGAGAUCGUGAGCAUGCUGAAGCAAGGAUGGCAGUGGUACUACAGCAAGUAUAUUGAUGUUCGGAGAGGAGGAAUCGGUGGGAUAUCCAUGCUGUUAACUGGAUACUGUGUCUUGUGUUACAUGUGGAACUACCCACAUCUCAAGAAAGAACGAUGGAGGAAGUACCAUUAGGGACGUUUGGUGGUCUUCAUAAUUGUAGCACACUUUGGAGAAGGAGCAGCUUUGUGUUCAGGGAAAUGAGGGCAUAAUAAGCUUAAUUAUUAAUUAGGCAAGAUUAUAAGACCAGCAACUAGUAGUUCAACUACAAUAUUAGGUUUGCUUGUAUUUUUUGUUGGAAUUAUUAUCAUGAAUUUUCUGGGAACAUGUAUAAUAGUUAUUUAUCUUAAAUAUUUUUGAAUGUGCAUUAUCUGUAAACAAAGAGAAUGUUUUAAGAUAAACCUAUAUUUGUAUUACAAUUGUACUAACAAGUUUUCAUAUUGUUAUUGUUUAAAAUCAAUAAAUUAUAUAAUGAAUCUAAUCUCAUCUGAUAAAUGAUGAUAAAUAUUCCUGUCAUAUGUUUUGUUACUUAUUAGAUGAUCAUCCUUUAUUUUGCUAACUUAUACGUAAUGUUAAUGCACAUCAAUAUCUAUAAUUCAUCAAAAAUGAAGACAUUACAAAAUAUUGUCUGUAUUCAAAAUGAAUUUAAUAUUUAUCUUUGCUGUUGUAAUGAACACUCACAAAAACAACAAAUCAUGAACUGACCACAUACAGUAUGACGUGAACACAUACCUAACAUAAUAAAAAUAACUUUUUGUUUUACAUUCUUUUUCUUUACAAAAAGUAUAAAUAUUUUGUGUUUCAUGUUUUUAUUUUUUGUAAUACAAACAUUACAAAUCAAGUUUUGGGUGAUGCAGAAAAUAAACCGAUAAAAGCAACUUUUACCAUGGGGUUUUGCGAUUAACUGAAGGCCACACUCGCACAACAAAAAGCAGUAAAAACAAAUGAUAGACUAUUUAAACUAGUUUUCACUCGCUCUCUCCUAAGGCAAAGAAGCCCUUCGAAGUGAAGGUCUUUCAGAAUGCUCUCCAACACUGACCGCAAGAGCUCAGAUCAGAAAGAAGAAUAUUUCACCUUUUUUUGUCUGUCUGUCUGUCAUUUUUGGUUGAGUUGCUGGGAAAGACAGUGGAGUUUAGUGUUAAUGAUGCAAAAACAAUGGGAUGACGUGUAUAGAUGGAAACAAGCAACCUUCCCUUCGGCUCUGGAAUGGAUGCUAAUGGAAACACAGACUUGUGAAAAUGUCCACACACUCGCAGUGCCUCUACUCUGGUCAGUUUUUAUAAUAGUCUUGGUCUUAUUCCCACCGUUGAAGCUCCCAAGCCUUGUAAUGGCACAGUUAAUAUAUGAUCUAAACUACAAAAUACAACUAAAUGCUAAUAGUCUCCGCUUCAGAAAUUAUUUCUCAAAACUAGAAAUGUGGACCUGUCCUACUCCAACCAAACGACAUUAUUUCAGUUAACAGCCAUCUAACGCCACUAAUUAGAUAAUCGUAGUGAAUGAAAACCUGAUAUGUUUUAACUGCACUACUGCUGCUUUUACCACUUGAUAACUCAUAGAAGAAAAGUGAUCUGCUAAGGGGCUGUAAAGAGUGGUGAGCAUGGCUAUUUGUGAAGUACAAGGUCAUUUCCACAUGUGCAAAUAGAAGCUGCCACUAGAGGCAAAAACUGCAAACCGACCGCCAAGACUACAGCCUGACCAGCAGGGGACUCAACGCACAGGGGAAAAUGAAAAGUGGGUGAAUCUCACAGAAAAAUCAAAGGAAAGAAAUACAACAUCAUAUUUGCUCAGAGAAAUCAAGCCUAUUGUGGACCACUGAUAUUAUUUCACGACUAUUAAGCACAUUUUCAAACAAUUUUUAUUAAUGCAAAAAUGCAUUUUAAUUAUAAUUAUGUUAAUGUGAGAAAAAAAAACAUUUCAAUCAUAAUAUA